CCACGGCGGCGGCGCUGGCGGCGGCAGGAGCUGGCUCGGGGGUCCUUCUCGGCCUGUCGAGCCCCCCCUAGCCCGCUUCCAUAAGGCUUUUGCUUUCCAACUUCAGCUACAGUGUUAGCUAAGUUUGGAAAGGAGACCAGACGAAGACUCCCGGGCGUUUUUGCCUUUUCUUUUCUAGUUUUUAAUGUUUUUUUCCCCCUUCACUUUGCUGCAGUCGUCGUCGAGGUCCUCUUCAAACAGGCUGCUGUGUUGUUGUUAGUGGUGCUAUCUCCCGUUCCCGUACUCCUCCACCAACCCCUCUCCAAGAGCCGUCUGGGACCAGCAGCGGGGAUAUCAUCGCCUUCCUGGUAUCAUGGCCAGGGCGAGAGAUCAGAACCGGCAGGAGGGAUGCUGCGGAUCCUUCACAAACUACCUGACUUCUGCAAAAUUCCUUCUCUAUCUUGGUCAUUCGCUGUCUACUUGGGGAGAUCGGAUGUGGCACUUUGCAGUGUCUGUGUUUCUGGUGGAGCUCUAUGGAAACAGCCUUCUCCUAACUGCAGUCUAUGGGCUGGUGGUGGCAGGGUCUGUUCUAGUCCUGGGAGCCAUCAUUGGUGACUGGGUGGAUAAGAAUGCCAGACUGAAAGUGGCUCAGACUUCACUGGUAGUCCAGAAUGUUUCCGUCACCCUGUGUGGAGUCAUCCUGAUGAUGGUUUUUUUACAUAAAAAUGAGCUCCUGACCAUGUAUCAUGGAUGGGUCCUUACUUCUUGCUAUAUCCUGAUUAUCACUGUUGCGAACAUUGCAAACUUGGCCAGUACUGCUACUGCAAUCACAAUCCAAAGGGACUGGAUUGUUGUUGUCGCAGGAGAAGACAGAAGGAGAUUAGCAGACAUGAAUGCUACCAUCCGAAGGAUUGACCAGUUGACCAACGUCUUGGCCCCCAUAGCUGUGGGGCAGAUUAUGACAUUUGGCUCCCCAGUCAUCGGCUGUGGCUUCAUUUCGGGAUGGAAUUUGGUGUCCAUGUGCGUGGAAUACUUCCUGCUCUGGAAGGUUUACCAGAAAACCCCCGCACUAGCUGUGAAAGCUGUUCUUAAAGUAGAGGAAGCUGAACUGAAACAGCUGAAUUUGCACAAAGAUACUGAGCCAAAACCCCUGGAGGGAACUCAUCUAAUGGGUGAGAAAGAUCCUAAUAUCCAUGAACUUGAACGUGAACAAGAGCCCACAUGCGCCUCCCAGAUAGCUGAGCCCUUCCGCACCUUCCGAGAUGGAUGGGUCUCCUAUUACAACCAGCCCGUGUUUCUGGCAGGCAUGGGGCUUUCUUUCCUGUACAUGACUGUCCUGGGCUUUGACUGCAUCACCACAGGGUAUGCCUACACUCAGGGCCUGAGCGGUUCCAUCCUCAGUGUUCUGAUGGCAGCAUCAGCUAUAACUGGAAUCAUGGGGACUGUGGCAUUUACUUGGCUACGUCGGAAGUGUGGCCUGGUUCGGACUGGUGUGAUUUCAGGAUUGGCCCAGCUUUCCUGUUUGAUCCUGUGUGUCAUCUCUGUGUUCAUGCCCGGAAGCCCCUUGGACUUGUCUGUUUCUCCUUUUGAAGAUUUCCAUGCUAGGUUCAUUCAAGAAGAGCCAAUGUCCACAACUACCAAAAUACCUGAAACCAUCUUUCCAACUGAAACACACAUGUCAAACGGGUCUAAUCCUGCUAAUACUGUCCAGGAGAUGAGCACUAGAUCUGUGCCCAUCAUCUCCGUCAGUCUGCUGUUUGCAGGCGUCAUUGCUGCUAGAAUUGGUCUCUGGUCUUUUGAUUUAACUGUGACACAGUUGCUACAAGAAAAUGUAAUUGAAUCUGAAAGAGGCAUUAUAAAUGGUGUACAGAACUCCAUGAAUUAUCUCCUUGAUCUUCUGCAUUUCAUCAUGGUCAUCCUGGCUCCGAAUCCUGAAGCUUUUGGCUUGCUCGUAUUGAUUUCAGUCUCCUUUGUGGCAAUGGGCCACAUUAUGUAUUUCCGAUUUGCCCAGAAAACUCUGGGCAAUCAGCUUUUUGUGUGUGGUGCUGAUGAAAAAGAAGUUACGAAUGAAAAUCAAACAAAUACAUCUGUUGUGUAAGACAGUUUAACUGUUGCUAUUCCUGUUACUAGAUUGUAUAAAGUACAUGUGCUUAUAUUGUACUUCAAAAUUCCAAUAAAUGCCUGGGUGUUUCUCUGGUUUUACCACAGCUGUGCCUGGAAGGCUAAGAGCUAUUCAGGAAACCUAAGUUAGAAGUGAACUGGUUAUUUUCCCUUACAUUUGAGCAUGGAAAAAAACAAUAAGGAGUAAGUUUAAGAAUGGGAAAACUGUGAUGAUAAAACUGAGUUCCCUAUUCUUAUGAGUAGAUACAGUUUUAUAUAAGAGAGUAGCUAAUAUUGUGAAUUAAGUUAUCCUUUGGUGGAUACUUAUUAUCUGCACAAAAAUGAGAUAAAUCAAUCUUCUCUAAAACUCACUGCCAGUUAUGUGACUAAUUUACAUUUUUAUCUCUUCUCAGUUACAUUUUUUAUAAAAACAAGUGUACUCUCUGAACAUAAAGACUACAAUAUGAUAACCAGUAUUUUCCUUACAGACCCUGUUGAUCUUAAGGGAUUUGCUUUAUAUGGAAAAAUGAAACAUGUAACAGCAUUUUCUACUAAGGUUUAUGGCUUUAGUGACCAUCUUUGCAUUUUUAUGAUCAGAUCAUAAAAAUACUGUAUUAAGCAUAUGUAUAAAUACUGUAUUAAGCUCUCUAUAGAAUGGCUGUGAUGUAAGCUGCAGGUAGAAACGAAGCUGGAGAGUAGAUUUAUAAUGCAGUGAGUACAUAAGGACUUAGUAAGUCAGUAGUUUGCACAUAGAAUCUACAGGCUAAAUGCUUUUCUGCUAUCACUAAUGGUAUGUAUCUCACAGUAAGAGAGAGUAAUCCUUCACUCUGGCAAGUGACAUGGAGAAAGGUAGCCCCCACUAGGGAAGUAUUGGAAAGGUUUUGUUUUAAAAAUCAUUUGAUUUCCUUUGAACACACUUGGAUGGAAUGUUUUUACUUUAACUGUUUGAUGUCUAUGGGUUCUGUACAUUGUUCUAGAGCAGGAAAAUUCAUUUCAAAAAUUUCCUUUUCAAAUAUCUUUGAAAAGAAUAAAAGAAAAACAUGUUU